AUGGUGCGCAAGGCGGCUGCUAGUAAAAGAGGCCGCUCGCCAGAUCCUGCGAGAGAGGACACCAUAUCCCACGACACGAAACGCCUUAGGUCCAGUGCAGAAUCCCCAGCUCCCACUCGCGAUGAGACUAGAGAGGAGAAGAGGGAGCGUAGGCGCGUGGGACGGGAACAGGAGUUUAAGGUCAAAUAUCUGAAUGCGUUUCCGAAUUGGAUUUUUUAUUUCGAUUUGGACACCCUGAACCCCGACGUGGUGGCCAUGAGGGAAGGCUUGGAGCGGAGGGUGUCACACACGGGCGCGCGUGUCGAAGAUUUUUUUUCCAAAGACAUCACCCAUCUUAUCACGCUGGAGGCAGAGGACGCAGACAAGGAGAACGUAUCUCGGCCCUCACAAUCAGCGAAUCCAGGUGGCCUACUCGGGAGCCCAAUUCGACUUAGAGGACGAACUGGAAAUGAUGCGGCCAGUGCAUCAAUGGACAACCUGGCGAGGAAAGCUCACGCCUUUGGUAUCAAAGUAUGGAGCGCUGGGAAACUGGCUAGUGUGCUCGAUCGCUGUCAUGUUCCAGUAGCAUUCAGCGCCACACCUACGUCACGUCCCAUCUCUGCGCCAAAAGAGCGGUCUCUCACUCGUCUACUUGAAGAUGAACGCAUUCAUGGUACUACUUCGGAACGCGAUCCCACGCAGAAGAGACAUGAUUAUAAGUACUUUUCAAAAGGUGUUUACUUCGUGCUCGUCGAGGACAUGCGCCAAGAGCUUGCGACUAUUGCGGCUGUAGAGUUCCCGCUAUAUAAAGGACGGGACGGGAAGGAGAGACCAAGUUGGCCUAUCCUUUAUUGUCACCCUAGGGCCAGGGGGCCAUUUAUACCCUAUGACGAGAAAGAAGAACGGCGAUGUGAAAAGAUGGGUAAACUGGACCGUGAGCGGGCACGCGACCUGGCGAGACGAAAGGCAAGGCUUAGAGAGGAGGAGCGCAAGCGCCGGACGCAAGCUCAGAUACAGGCAAAACAGCAGGAUUUGCGUCGUUCUGUUUCCUUAAACAACCUACACCGUCGAACCAUGUAUCCCGACCCCGGCCUCGUGGACCUCGAUGCAGAUAUUGGAGAGAUGGACUCCCUCAAUGCUUCUGGUUAUCUCGCAUCCGGUGCCUACAUGGCCGCGUCGGGUAACAGUGUGGGGAUUACGUCUACUACAGGAACGACCUCCACGGCAGGACGCCCCUCCAGGAACAUCCAGCUACCAGUAGGUCUGAGAGGCAGGAUUCAACAACAGGUGGUCACCUCGCGCAAGGUCGCUCCUGCGGGAGAGGACAAAGCGAAUAGGAUGGGUCCUCCUGCUACCAUUCCCGGUAGGCAGAAUAUCCUCAGGAAGAGCAAAAGCACCAAUACUCUCAGGCUGCCCAAGCGCGAGGAAGGAGUGAAACCUGGUUAUUGUGAGAGCUGUAGAGUAAAAUUUGAAGAUUUCUCUCAGCACAUCAAUGGGCGCAGACAUCGGAAAUUUGCGAUUGACGACUCAAAUUUUGUCUCGUUGGACUAUGUGCUGGAGCGCGUGAGACGACGCACUCUGAGCGAAGUAGAGGAGGAGAGGAGACUUUGGUACUCUAAAAUUGCUCAGAGCAAAGGACAGAAAAACGCUGAAGACGCAGCAUUUUCACCGCAUGACGAUGUUCGAUGGGACGAGUGGGUUGAUGGUAGCGAAAUGUGA